GCCGGCUUAGCGUCUGGUGAGACACGUUGGACUCGAAGGACCGGUCUAUAAUUUCUCCUGAAAUCCGCCGUCAUCAAUCGCUCCAAAAUGACGGUCGGCAAGAGCUCCAAGAUGUUGCAGCACAUCAACUACAGGAUGCGGAUCAGCCUGCAAGACGGCCGCAUCUUCAUUGGCACUUUCCUGGCCUUUGACAAGCACAUGAACCUGGUGCUGGGCGACUGCGAGGAGUUUCGGAAGAUCAAGCCCAAGAGCUCCAAGAUGCCGGAGCGGGAGGAGAAGCGAGCCUUGGGGCUUGUGCUGCUGAGAGGGGAGAACCUUGUAUCCAUGACGGUGGAGGGGCCGCCCGUGCAGUCGGGACCUCGCGUGCCCUUGCCCGGUGUGGGCGGUGGCCCCGGGAUGGGUCGGGCAGCGGGCAGGGGAGUGCCGGCGCAUGCCGCGGGAGCUGCAGCAGCCCCAGCAGGCCUGGCCGGGCCAGUCAGGGGAGUCGGAGGUCCCUCACAACAGAUCAUGGCACCGCAGAGCACGAUAGCGGCUCCACCUCAACAGUACGGUGCUGGAAGAGGAAUGCCCACCAGACCUCCCAUGGGUAGAGGCAUGCCCCCUGGCAUGGUGCCGCCCGGAAUGAGACCCGGAAUGCCUCCACUCAUGGGAAGAGGGAUGCCACCACCGGGCAUGGGAAUGAGACCGCCCAUGGGAAUGAGAGGACCACCACCACCAGGCAUGAGACCCCCUCCCAGGAAUUAGCGGCUAGUUAUUUUCUCCGUAGACCUGCCUCUGGGGGAAUCACUUCCUUGUGCACCAGUCACAGACUUCUCUCGCACCCCCCCCAACCCACGUAUUAGAACUGGCACGAUGCUUCUCUGGCAGUUGCAAGAAGACAUUCAGAACAGAACGACUCUUUUCUUUGUCAGUUCGGCUUGCUCAGAUUCCUUCAAGACCAAGCCAGGAUAACAGAACAGCUUUCCUGGAUGAAGUAGACUUAGUGAAGUCCCAUUGAACCUAUUUUGUGCAUUCCCGUUAACGCCCUGUGUUGCAAAGUACAAGUUGGUCCGUCGUUACCAACUUGAUCCAGGGAAUACCAGCGUGAGAUAACGUUGGUUUGUAUAUAGUUCAGAGUCUUCUUGUAAGAUUCAAGUACAAUUGUUUGAAUGUUUUAAUUCUACAAAUUCCUUUUUCAUCUUUUUUUACCUGUUCAGUUAUGCCUCAUGGGCUUUUUUGAGUGUAGUUUUUCCAUGGGGCUCUACCACAUGUUUAUUAUGACAUUUAAAAGUUUUAUUUGGAAAUUUUUUUUUAAGUUUUGUGGCUUGAGUGUCCAUUGUUAAAACAUAUUGCAUCAUUGUUGGACUUGAGCGACUGCAUCCAAAACCAGAGACAAGACAGUAUAGUUUGAGCCCUAUAUAUCACAUGGCAGUGAGAUACAUUAAACUUUGUACGUCCGUCUACUCUAUGCUACAUCAGUCUGGUAGAUGUCAAAUUUGGCUAGCCAAGGACAGAGGUCACUUACGAUACAGCUCGUCGGUUGCACCACAAAGUGACAUAUCAUGUGUACGAAGUCUAUGGAUGGUACGUCACUUUGUCGUGUACCAAAACUGUCCAGUAUGUCAGUUUGUGGUGAAAUUGAUGAGUUUAACUGUGGCUGGCUACUCAGAUUCACAAAUGACAGAAAAAUAUUGCCUCGUCAAAACCAGGUGUAUCUAGGUAUUGAUUGGGGGGGCACACGUAGUAGGGAAUUCUUCAAACAAGAUAAAGGUGGCCCCCAGUAAUGUUUGUAGCAUAUUUUGGGGGAUGGGGAGAGGGACAAGGGUCACCGAUGGUUCCUGAAAAUGGCAAAUGUCUGGGGUUUGUUUGUACCCCUCUGCCCAGCCACAGGUAAAAUGUAGUGAUCCUGCUUUUUUUCCCAGACGAUCGGAGUUUGAGCAGGUGAUUUUUUUUUUACCUGAAGCAAGUAGGUGUAGGGUUGCCUGUUAAAACGACCUUGCUCCCAUCUUUGUGUUCGUGGAAAAACAAGUUCUGGAUAUAUCUCUUUUAUUUUCUUGAAUGCAGGGCCCCCUUUUUUAAAAUUCUGCCAAUGUUCUGUCGGUAGAUUCGCAAUCUUGAUGUGAAAUAAAUUUUCUAAUUACUGUAACAAGA